AUGAACCCAUUUUUGUAUUCAAUAGUAUUGAUUGUACACAUAUUAGGAUUUGUGGUCUUUCUAAAGGGAUUUUUCCCGUCUAAAGUUGUGCUUUCGGGAUAUAGUGAAUUUCGGGAUGCACCCCAGUCACCUUUCACUGGUUCAAACGGUGAACCACAACAAUUCAAUAAAUUUGUAUUAAUGGUCGUUGAUGCCAUGAGAGCGGAUUUCCUAUAUUCUGAGACUCAUUCUCAUAUGUCAUUUGUACACCAAUUGAUUUCGGAAGGAUCGGCUAUUCCAUAUACCGCUUUCUCUAACCCACCAACGGUAACACUACCAAGGUUGAAAGGUAUAACAACAGGAGGUACUCCAAGUUUUUUGGACGCAAUUUUGAAUGUAGCUGAUGAUAAGGACAGCUCUCAAGGACUAUCAAGUCAAGAUUCAUGGGUUAGGCAAUUUAGAUACAAAAGUGAAGGUAAAACUUUGAAUUUUUAUGGUGACGACACUUGGUUGAAGUUGUUUCCUAAAAAAGAGUUUUUUAGUGAAACUGAUGGAACCAACUCAUUCUUUGUAAGUGAUUUUACUGAAGUGGACAAUAAUGUUACAAGACAUUUAGAUCUGGAGCUUUCUCAGAGCCCUUCUACCUGGGAUGGAUUAAUUCUACACUAUUUGGGCCUCGACCAUAUAGGGCAUAAAGGAGGUCCAACUUCAUCACAUAUGGAGAGUAAGCAGAAAGAGAUGGACUCUAUUGUUGAAAGGAUCUACAAUUAUGUAAGUGUCGACAAAGAGAAAAGUGAGGAUACUCUAUUUAUUGUUAUGGGUGACCAUGGAAUGAAUGAGAUAGGAAAUCAUGGUGGGUCCACAGAGGGCGAAACAAGUGCUGGACUACUCUUCAUUUCACCAAAAUUUCAAAAAAUAAAAAGUAGCAAAAAACUAAAGGCUCCUUUACCGAAUUCUGAAAACUAUUCUUAUUUUAAUAAGAUCAAUCAAAUAGAUUUAGUGCCAACAUUAGCGGCAUUAUUGAAUUUUCCAAUUCCAAAGAAUAAUUUAGGAGUGAUGAUUAAAGAGCUCUUGUCACUAUGGGAUAAAGUAGAUGAAAGAAACGGAUUGUUGAUGGAAAACUGCUACCAAUUCAAAUCUUUGGUAGAUGCCAAAUACGGAAUUGACCUAGAUCAAGAAAUCGAAGACUCUGCAGAUAAUGAGUUGCAAAAUAUAAAACUAAAGUGGGAUACCUUAAAAAAUGACACAAUUGGUAAGAAUAUUUCAACUUAUUAUGAUUUCCUUUACGAAGCUCAAGGGGUGUUAGCUGCUUCGGCCACUAAUUAUAAUUACAGUGAUAUUACUACUGGAUUCAUACUAUUAGGGACGUCGUGCUUGAUAGUAGUUGCUUUAUUCAUCAAAUAUUUUGUGGGAUCUAUUUCCAUAUACUACCUUAUUGGGUUUCUCUCCUUUUCCCUUGCAUAUGCAUCACAUUUUUUUGGUUCCUCAUUUAUAGAAGAGGAGCAUCAGAUAUGGUGGUUCUUCAUGAUUAUGAGCACCCUUUUGCUUAUGGCCUACUCAAAAUUUAGAAGUACCCCCUACUUUUUAGUAGUUUUGGUAUGCGUCAGGAUCAUUAGAACGUUUUCUAAUACUGGCCAAAAAUUCAAAACACCUUAUACACUUGCAUCAUAUUUAAUUUCGGAACCAAGCACUUUAUGGGUUUUAGUAAUACUCACUUACUUCAUAUUGGGUCUUUCUGCGUUUGGACAAGGUUGUUUCAUAAAUUGCUUUGCUUAUCCUAAUUAUACGACAUUAAGGGACCGCCACGUUAAUGAUUUUGGUCCAAUAUUUACAUUUAUUGGUGUCUUCGUUACUGCGUCAUUAUCACUUCUGUUUAAACUAGUUCAAAGUUUUAUCGACGGAAAUAAAAUUCCAAAAUGGAUUACUUGGUUAUUAGAGUGGAAUUGUGAGUCUUUCGGAGUAAGUGACAUUGAUUCCAUAGAUAAAAAGCAACUACAAGCAAUAGUCAUUCAACUUUCCAAGUUGUUUUCAUAUUCAUUGUUAUCGCUAUUUUGUGUGAAACUUAUUGUCGGAAAGCUUAGAGGCAUUACAAAUGCCAUGUAUACCGACUUAAACAAUUUAAUAGUAAUCUUCUUAGUACAUCAAACUAGGAUAGAGCUUAUACCAAUUUUCAUUGUUUUCUCAGUUAUUAGGUUUGCCAUGGCUAAAAUAAUCCUUCACCUAGAAAAGAAUAUUCUUGACGAACUAAUUCUUAUCAUAUCGGUAUUUUCCCUUUGUCUACAAAAUGUUACUUUUUUCUCCAUGGGAAAUACAAAUCUGUUGGCAACUGUUGACUUGUCCAAUGCAUACAAUGGAGUAGAAUCAUAUGAUGUAUUCAUUGUCGGUAUAUUGACUUUCAUUUCCAAUUUUGCAGGGCCAAUAUAUUGGUCUUUGGCUACCAUGGGGUGGUUAUUGGAAACGAAAAUAUUAAGUUUUGAGUAUAAUUCAAAUUCAGUUGAUUUUGUACACGUUAAAAAGAUUUCCAAGCAGAUUUACCUGGUUAAGGCAUUGAUAUAUUUGACAUUUUACGCUGUAGCUUCAGUAUUUCUUGUCGGUUCGUGCAUCAAUUUAAGGUUUCACUUAUUUAUUUGGACGGUUUUCUCGCCAAAAUUAUUGUUCUUCGCAAGUUGGACUCUCUUAUUGAAUUGCAUUGUUGACACCAUAGUUAUUGGCACUAUUUUACUAGUUACUUAA